AUGUCGGUUGAAGAAUCUUUAGACCAGAUUAUCAAUAGUACCAAUCAAGAGCAACAAGAAAAAGAAUAUACUCAGGGGCUAGGAAAGAGAUUGGGCUUACCUGAUAUGCACAGAGAUGCGAGAGACUACGAUCCUAAUACAUAUAGAUUAAGGGUAGGGGAUAAUAAUGAAACUAAAGCAGCUAAAAAGAAGCUACGUAUUAAAAAUAUUCCAUUAUCUACAUCUGAUUUUUUAAUUGAAGAUUUAAUAAAAGAUAUUGUGCCGGAGACGAAGUAUCAAGCUUCAUUUUUUGAUCAUAAGGAUGAAAGAACUGCGAUAAUCACCUUUGAUGAUGAAAGUGUCAUGCAAGAAUUAGUAGAUCGAUUAAAUGGUAAAGAAUUGGAGGGUAAGGCUAUUAUUGUCGAAAUAUUUGAAAAAGAAGCAAGAAGAACGGUUUCUAAUCGUUUUUCCUCGUCUAGAGGUAGAAUAAAUAAAAGUUUUGGUCCAAGAGGACCUAGGGGAAGAGGCAAUCGCAAUUCACGUGGUCGUGGUUAUAACACUAGUAUCAACUCUAGGGCUAAUCAGAACCAGUUAGAUAGGGAAUUGGAUGAAUAUAUGAAUAGUUAA